CUUUAUGUUUUAGUUUGCGAAUUGGUUGCGGACGAUUGACCGUUGGACGCGGUGACGUCAUCUGACGUAACAGGAAGAGGAGUCGCUCUCUUCUGUCAGCUGAUAUUAACACAAAAUCAUCGAAGAUGGCCUACCCUAAAUCCCACAAUCCAUUUGCAGAUGAUGACGAUGAGGAAGAUUUUAAGCCUAAAAGCAGGGGUUUUGAUGAUGACCCCGAUGAUGGGUUGACUGAAGCACAGAGGCGGCAGAGGUACCUGCAGCAGGAAGUGAUGCGUACAGCUCAAUCUGCUGUGGACAGCAGUCACCGCUCUCUUGGCCUGAUCUAUGAAUCAGAGAAGAUGGGUGUGGAAACUGCAGAAGAGCUGGUACGUCAGGGUGAGGUUCUAAAGAGGACCGACAAGAUGUUGGACAACAUGGAUCAGGACCUCAAGACCAGCCAAAAACAUAUCAACAGCAUCAAGAGUGUAUGGGGAGGACUUGUCAAUUAUUUUAAGAGCAAACCAGAGACAAAGCCGCCAGCUGAGGAGCCAACGACCUACCAGGCCAAUGAAAGGUUACAGAGCGCUCUGUCCAACAGCAGAGAAUAUGAAGACAAGUAUCAAGCCAGCCACCCCAACCUGAGGAAACUGGAAACAUCAGGUUUUGGAGCUUCUUCCUCAGUAGAUGGGGGUUUACCUAGACAGAAUGGAUACCCUAAGAACCAACACCUCAGAGAGGCUCAUCAGACCCUUGACAAAAACUUGGAUGAAAUGUGUGGAGGCUUGCAAAGACUGAAGAACCUCGGACUUGGACUCCAGUCGGAAAUUGACAGCCAGGACGACUCUAUUGGUUCACUUCUAAGCAAAGUGGACAUGAUGGAUGGGAAGAUCAGUAACACAAACCAACAGCUUAAAAAGCUGUAGGACCCACACUCUGACAUUUCCACGUCUGACCCUUCAUUUCAGUUCAAUUUACUGUCUUUUUUUUUUUGUCUUUGGAAAAUCUUCUUUCACUCCUUUUUUUAAUUUUUACAAUAGAUUUUCUUCAUCACCAAGUUUUUGUCAUUCAAAAUAAAAUGUGAAAUAUUUUACAGAUAAAAAGGAAACCAUCUGUUGAAAAAAAAGACUUGUUGUUAUUUAAUUUUUUAAAGAUGUUCCUGAUGUAAGGACAGAUCCGGAUCUGACCCCAGUUGAUGUAUAAAAAGAAAAACAAGCAGUAAACAAGCUCAAGUCACGUUUGCCUUACACGUACUUUCUUUGGUUUUGAUUCACAGUUACAUUUCAUUUGAUAAAUUGUUCUAUAAAACACCUCUUAAAUAUCAAAUAAAUAUCUCAAAUAUUUUAGUUUUGAUUGUAAACAUAAGAGAUGAAGGAAAACUUGCACCAUUGGAAUACAAUGAUUAUUUCUCUGAUUUUUCUUUUCUUUUUUUCUUCAGACAAAUAAAUCACAGUACUAAAUUGGCCAAAAUUCCUACAUAAGUUCAUGUUUGUGUGUAAUCAAGCACAGAUAUCCAAUAAAAGCUUAAUCAAGGAA